AUGAACCGUUUUCUAAAACCUUUGAGUGGAGUGGAGGUACAAGAGAAAGAGAAGAAGGAAGUUAACCAGGUGGGCGAGUUCGAGGGGCGAACCAGAAAGAAAGCUUUUGGAAGUGGAUGGCAAGGGAAAGGGCUUGGCGGGAUUAAAGGGGAAGAUCAGUGUGAAAACAUCCACGUUUUCAUCUUGGUGGUGUUGAUCGCAACCAUUUUCAAAUGGGAAAAGGCCAAAAGGGUGAAGAACUUUGGGAAGUGA